UGUAUAUACAUAUGUAUGUAUAUAUAUGGGGAAAUCUACGCGAUCGUUGAAAGAUAUCGAAAGGAAAAUAUAAAUAAAUACGUAUAGAAGGUGCGAAGGGAAGAGGACAGAGAGGGGAAAAGAGAGGGACAGAGAAAGAUAGAGACGGGUAGCGGAAGAAAAGAUACACGUGCGCGUGGUUGGUGUCUCGAGGAUACCUGUGGAUGCCGGACUGGAGUCGCGACAUAUUAGGGCGCGGAUUUCUGCCCGAUGACCACCGAGGAGAUUCGUUUCUACUCGCUAGCCGAUCUUCGACGCUGAUAUUACGCCGCAUCGGACGGUUUAUCGGCUAACCCACGAUCGAGAGAGGAGAGGAGAGGAGAGGAGAGGAGAGAAAGCAGGACGUGUUAUGAAAUUGUUGCCGUCGAUUCAACUGCCGCAAUUGCCACCGGUUUCGGCCGGGGGUGGAAUGACGGGGAUGGACUCUCGGCUACCACCGGGUAUAUCUUUACCUUUUAGCCCUACAGAGCUACUCUGGCGAUACGGCCCCGCCAUGAAUUUCCCACCCACUCACCCGCCACCGAGUCCCUUCCUCGACUUCAAGACGCAUCUACCAGCUAGUUUAGCUUCAGACCCACGGUUGUGGUCCCGCGAGGAUGUGGCGACGUUCCUCCGAUGGGCCGAACGGGAAUUCGACCUACCCCAAUUCGACAUGGACAUGUUCCAAAUGAACGGCAAGGCCCUCUGUUUACUGACAAAGGCGGAUUUAGGAGAAAGGUGCCCAGGCGCUGGUGACGUGUUGCACAAUGUGCUCUCGAUGCUGGCCAGAGACUUUAACCAGCUUCAAAGGUGUCUUCCCAGCAGUCCGGUCACCCCCACGAGGCCCUCCGCGUACCCCCUCAGUCCUCAUUCGCAUCCGCCGACUCCUACCUGGACGGAGAACCCGUACACCGCUAACCUAGCCUCGUUAAUGUCCGCGAAUUCGGUAACGCUGUCCCCGGCACCCUCGGUGGACAGCCAAGCGGGCUCUCCCGGACACACGGAGGGCACUCAGAGUCAGGUUUACAAAAGCGACUCGGACGAGGACAAUCAACAAGCAGCUACCGCAAGUCCACCGGCCACGCCGACUGCUCUCGCAGCGCAAAGGUUAAGCGAAGUCUGCGUCAAGGAUCAGCCCAGUCCUACGUUAACGCAACCGAUUAUGCCUCUGACGCCCGGUGCCUUCAGAACCAACCCUGCCAACGCUGCCAGAGAGUUUUUCCCGAGCGACUCCCCGGAACCCAAUACGAAUGGUAGACUUCUGUGGGAUUUUCUUCAACAACUUCUAAAUGACCCGUCGCAACGAUAUACGCACUAUAUCGCAUGGAAAAGUCGGGAAACCGGUGUAUUCAAAAUCGUCGAUCCUCCCGGACUGGCAAGGCUCUGGGGCAUCCAAAAAAAUCAUCUUUCCAUGAAUUACGAUAAAAUGAGUAGAGCUCUACGAUAUUAUUAUCGAGUGAAUAUCCUGCGAAAAGUCCAAGGAGAACGACAUUGUUACCAGUUUCUGCGAAACCCAACGGAGCUGAAGAACAUAAAGAACAUAUCUCUGCUGCGUCAGCAAAUGCGAAUAAAGUCAGAACCGGAAGAAGAAGGCGGAAGUGGCGUCGAGCCGGAAAUCGAUAUGCCAACAGACCUCUCGAUGUCUAGUAUGAGUCAGCCACCCAGCGAACAACAGCAACAACAGCAGCAACAGCAGCAGCAACAGCAACAGCAACAACAGCCGCAGCAACCUUUGUCUCUUCACGACCCACCUGCAAAAUAUAGAAGUCACGCGUAUAAUCUCGUGAAAACUAAUCAGGAGUCGGAAGAGAAAAAGUGACGCGAGACGUAGCGCUGAUCGAGUAGUGCGUUUUUUUUAACGCUCACAGAGUGAACGGGUCCUGUGUUGUAACGCAUCCCGGUUACUUUAUUAGAAACAGUCAUGUUUCCAAAUGAUGCGAAGAGAUCUGCUUCCAGUUACGUACAUGUCAAGAGAGUACGUUCAUAGAAUUGCUCCACAGAGUUCGCUUCCGGGAUCAUACCUCUAGGGAUAUACGCUGCCGUUUAAGAAUCAUCGUUUAAAUAAUAAGACUCGCGAGGAGUUAGUUUACGAAUUAGUAACCGCCCGUGUUAUCCAUGUUUCCGGUACGAAUACAUGACAAAAGACUGAUGAAAAAAGAAAAGAAAAAGAAAAUAUCGCGCGAGUUAAACG